AUGCCUCAUAGAAAGUCUCACUGGUGGUCGAUGCUCAUGCAAAAAUAUGACCGAGUGUGGCUUCGCUUAAAACUUGAACAGAUUUAUGUUACUUAUUUACAUGGCGUUAAAGCUUCGUUAAUAUUACAAGAUGCUUCGUUAUACAUAAAAUAUAAUGCAAGAAUAGCAGAAUCACAAUUGGAUUGA